AUGCGGCGGACUUCCAGCAUGUUGGCCGCGGCCUUAUUCCUCGCCGCCGCCGCCGCCGGGCAAGAUACCAGCCCUCCUUGCAUCAAGUCAUGCUACGACACUUUGCCAGGCCCCCAGCGAUGCGAGGGCGUUGAAGAGAUGACGGAGGAAAUCCUCACCAGGUGCACCUGCUCAUCCUUCGUGGAGCAGCCGCCCUUAUACGAGUGCAUCCGGGAAUGCCCCAAGUCCGAGCAAGCCACCUACCUCGCAGGGUUCAGCGACCAGACAUACAGUUGUCAAGAGGAGUAUUUCUCCGACAUCACGGUGCCUUCAGCGACGACAACGACGAGACCGACGGAAAGCAGCGACCCGACAAACAAUGCAGACGAUGACGAUGAUGAUAACCAGGGAACGACAACAUCGGGCGGUGGUGACCCAGCGGAGCCCAAUGGCGCAGGCGAGGCAUUCCAUCGCGCUGCUUCUACUCUUCUGGCUGCGGGCGGGUUGGUGGUUGCUCUACUUUUUUCCAAAGUUGAGAGCUCUCGGGCGUUCCUGGGGAUCCACAGCCGUGCCUGGUGA